AUGGCGUCUGAGGAUGAGUAUGAUUUUGACUAUAGCGAUGAAGACGAGGACAUGGAGGACGCUGAGACUGCAGACUUGCAUGUACAGAUUGAGAAUGCUUAUUACUUAGCAAAGCAGCUACUUGAGAACGAACCGCCUGAGCGAGAAGCCGCUUUGGGAGCGCUAGAACAAGUGCUACAGCUACAGAGUGAGCAGACCGAUUGGGGUUUUAAAGCUCUCAAACGGACGGUAAAGCUGCUGUUUGAAAUGCAACGACAUGAUGAAGCCAUGCGGAGAUAUGAUGAGCUACUGGGUUACACGAAGACAGCAGUGACACGGAACAAUUGGGAGAUUCUGCAAAGGUUUUAUGAAACGACGUUAGAGACGCUCAAGGAAGCGAGGAACGAGAGGUUAUGGUUUAAGACAAGUGUCAAGUUGGGUAACCUAUUGUACGAGAUUGGAGACUUUUCGAGGCUGAGCAAGAUAAUUAAGGAGCUGCUGGCAUCGUGCAGCGAUGAGGACGGAGAUGAUGGUGUUAGGAAAAACUCACAGUUAUUAGAGGUGUAUGCGCUACAGAUUCAGAUGUACACGGCACAGAAGGACAACAAGAAACUAGUAUCGAUCUACGAAAAAGCAUUACGGAUCAAGUCAGGCGUUGCGCAUCCGAAAAUUAUUGGUGUCAUUCACGAAUGUGGCGGUAAAAUGUACAUGAUGCAACGAGAGUGGGACAAAGCUCGUAGUGACUUCUUCUCUGGAUUCAAGAGCUAUGACGAAGCUGGUGAACCGCGGCGGCUUCAGUGUCUGAAGUACUUGGUGCUUGCCAACAUGCUGAGUGAAUCUCAAGUCAACGUAUUUGACUCACAGGAGGCCAAACCGUACGAAAAUGACAAGGAGAUUGUGGCGAUGACGAUGCUGACAGAUGCGUUUUUGCACAACGAAAUCAAGACUUUCGAGCACGUGCUGACACGGAAUCAGGAAGCCAUUAUGGAUGACCCUUUCAUUAAGCACUACAUUGACAGUCUGUUGCGAACAAUUCGCAGCAAGGUGCUACUGAAAAUUGUCAAGCCCUAUCGCACCAUGGAUACGCAGUACAUUGCACGCGAGCUAAACGGUAUCCCGCUUUCGGAGGUGGAAUCAUUAUUGUCAGCGCUGGUGUUGGACAAGAAAAUUGAAGCACGCAUCGAUCAGAUUCAUCAUACGCUUGUGCUGAUGGACCGCAAGCCUGAGGAGAAGUUCCAAACAUCUAUUCAGGGUUGGUGCAAUGCCCUCGAGAAGUUUUAUUCAGUGACGGUGGACCGCAUUAGCACUGGGAUGUGA